CACUCUGAUUCUCACAACGAGUUGACGGAUCUUUGAAAACGCGCGCCGCACCGCCAACACCCUCCGUGAGUUGAGCCGUGGACCCGCGAUCAUGUUCGGGAAGACGAAUAUCCCCAUAAUCGUGCUGUUCUUCAUCAUCAACCACGUGUCCUGCAAAAGGCAGAAUCUCACUCAGCUGAUUAAGGAGAGUUUCAGAGGGGAGCCUCAGCUAUAUUAUUCGUACGAUCUACGUAACAUACCGGUGGUGAGGGAUAUCUCUUAUCUGCCAGAAGAUGAUUAUGACACGGAGAAUGAAGCAAGACAGGACGAGCUGCAACAGCUGGACAGAGAUAAUAGAAAUUUAAUGCCCGAGUACCGUAAUCUUUGCGAAAUAAAAACAAGAAAAGUGAAAAUGGACAAUUCCAUUUACGAGCAUCAGCCGCAGCAUUAUCACGAGGUCUUCUGCAAAAGCUACUCGUUAUCGGACGACGAUGGAGGGAUAAGGAAACAUUCGCAACAGAAAUGCGCUUAUCCAGGAUUCCAUUGCGUACAGAGAAGCCGACAGUUGCUUCUAACCCGACGGCGAUGGGGCACUGAUUGCUGGGAGCCGUACACGAGGGAGGUCGCCAGCGGUUGUGAUUGCAUGUGGCCGGUCACAACCCUCGACGAGAUAAACGCACAUUACUGAUCUACCGAAGACGAAUCCGUGAAUUAGCUUAAGUUCAACAGUUUCACUAUCUAGUACAAAGAUGUCGAAAAGCUUCGGACAUAUAUCUGCAAUAUAAACGUGCCUUUCUUAAAAAUAUUUAUUCACUGUAUUACAAAUAUGAACAAGUGAAAUAUAACGGAUACUAGC